AUGAGCCGCAGCAGCCCGUCGCCGCGGCCGGGCGCAGACGGCUGCGAGCCGCAUUCCUCGGGCUCGCCGCCGCCCGGGGACGAGCAGCUCAGCCAAAGCCCGGGGCCUGCCAGCGGGAGAGACGGCCCCCGGGACCACGCUCGGCCCUCCCCGGGAGCGGAGGGGGAGCGCGGGGGCCGGCCCGACCGACCUCUGGAAGCGGCGGCGGAGCCGGGCGAGGGGCUGCCCGAGCGGAGACCCGAGCGGGCAGCGGGACCCGGCAGCGGCAGCGAGACCCCCCCGAAGCAGCCCCAGCGCGGAGCGGGGCCGGACGGCGGCAGUGAGCCCCCCCCGGAGCAGCCCGAGCCGGGAACGGGACCCUCGGAGCAGCCCGAGCCAGAAGCGGGACCCAGCAGCGGCAGCGAGACCCCCCCGGCGCUGCCCAACGGGCUGGGCGCGGAGCAGGACGCGGGGCCGCAGCGGGACGAGCCCGGCGCCGGCGGUGAGGACGCGGGGCCGAGGGGCGGCCCCGGGCAGCGGGUACCUGGGCAGGCCCUCGGCAAGGAGCGGUGGCACAGCGUGCUGGGCUCCGCGGAAGCGCUGAGCGCCGACGAGCCGGAGGAGCUGCUCGGGUUUGCUUCUGGAGAUGCCAAGUUGAGCUGCAGUGAGGAUGACAAGGAACAUUUUCAGUUCAAAGACAUCAGGGAUGGGUUCAGCUCGACCUUUGAGAGGAUUGUUGAGUCUGACCUUAUGAAGGGUACAUACUACAGCAGCUUGGACUCCUUGGACGUCCUCUCUCUCACAGACGAGACAGAUAGCUGUGUCAGCUUUGAGGCCCCACUCACCCCAUUGAUCCAGCAACGGGUUAAGGAAAGCCCAGAGCUCUUGGAGCAGAAACUGGUAGCCCAGCAGAGAGAAGCCCUUCACCACAUGGCUGCUGAUAAGCAAGAGCAGGCAGCAGCAAAGCCAAUGGAGGGGGAUUUUGGGAGCCCUCUCAGGCACUCGAUUACCAGCAGCAGGUCAGAGAAUGUGCUGAGCAGGUUGUCCUUGAAGAGUAUCCCAAAUGGGUUCCACAUGGAAGGGUCGGAGGAAGAUGCCACCAAGGUCAUUAACUCCAUCAGUGACGCCAGCCUGAAGGACGCGCUGUCAGACUCGGACUCGGAGCUGGGCAGCACGGAGCAGCUGGACCAGGGCAGCACGGACACGCUGGCCAACGGCUGCCGGGCGGACGGGGAGGCUGCCAAGAGGCUGGCCAAGCGCCUCUACAACCUUGAGGGCUUCAAGCGCUGCGACGUGGCCCGGCAGCUCGGGAAGAAUAACGAAUUUAGCAAGUUGGUAGCAGAGGAGUAUCUCAGCUUCUUUGACUUCACGGGCCUGACCCUUGACAAAGCACUGAGGACGUUCCUGAAGGCGUUCCCGCUGAUGGGGGAGACACAGGAGCGGGAGCGGGUGCUGAUCCACUUCUCCCGGCGGUACUGCCAGUGCAACCCAGAGGAGAGCACGUCCGAAGAUGGGAUUCAUACUCUUACCUGUGCCCUGAUGCUGCUGAACACAGACCUUCAUGGCCAUGUGAACAUUGGCAAAAAGAUGUCGUGCCAACAGUUCAUAGCAAACCUGGAUGGGCUGAACGAUGGCAAGGACUUUGCAAAGGAUUUGCUGAAGACCCUGUAUAACUCCAUCAAGAACGAGAAGCUGGAGUGGGCCAUCGAUGAGGACGAGCUGAGGAAGUCCCUCUCGGAGCUGGUAGACGACAAAUUCGGAGCCAGCGCGAAGAAGGUGACGAGGAUUGUGGACAGCAGCAACCCCUUCCUGGACAUCCCCCAGGCUCUGAACGCAGUCACCUACAAGCACGGUGUCCUCACACGCAAAACCCACGCAGACAUGGACGGGAAGAGAACUCCCAGAGGAAGAAGAGGUUGGAAGAAAUUUUAUGCUGUGCUGAAAGGGACUGUCCUUUAUUUGCAAAAGGAUGAAUAUAAACCUGACAAAGACCUCUCUGAAGUGGAUCUGAAAAACGCCAUCCGUGUGCACCACGCCUUAGCCACCAAAGCCUCUGACUACAGCAAGAAGUCCAACGUGCUCAAGCUGAAGACAGCUGACUGGAGAGUCUUCCUCUUCCAGGCCCCGAGUAAGGAAGAAAUGCUCUCCUGGAUCCUGCGAAUCAACCUUGUUGCUGCCAUUUUCUCUGCCCCAGCCUUCCCAGCUGCCAUCUGCUCCAUGAAGAAGUUCUGCCGCCCACUCCUGCCUUCAUCCAUGACCAAGCUGUGCCAGGAGGAGCAGCUGAGGUCCCAUGAAAAUAAGAUGAAGCAGAUCACAGACGAAUUAGCAGAGCAUAAAUUACACCCUGUAGAGAAGAGCCUCAAGUCAAAAGAGGCUGAGGAGUACAGGCUCAAAGAACAUUACCUAAUAUUUGAGAAGAGCCGCUAUGAGACGUACAUCAACCUGCUCUGCAUGAAGAUAAAAGUCGGGACUGAUGACCUGGAGAGAAUUGAAACCAGUUUCUUCAAGGUGGAAGCUGAUGACUUGGCCUUGCGGAAGACACACUCCAGCCCUUCCCUGAGCCAAGGGCACGUGUCUGUGGGCUCUAAGGCAGAGAAGGACCUGGUAGAGCAGAACACUUAAGCAGGAGCACAGGGGGAUAAGCCGGCGCCGCUCUGCGCUCCCGGACUGCAGCGAUGAGCACAACUCCACGUGAGGAAUUCCCUCAGCAGAGCCAGAGCCCCGUGCAGCACGGGGACUGCUCUAGUGAAGGAAAGCAGAGAAGCUUUAGUUGACACUCCCUGGCCA